AUGACCCCGGACGCGCGCAUCGUUCUCGUCAGCGGCGCCAGCCGCGGGAUCGGCCUGUCCGUCGCCGAGACGCUGCUGGCCGAAGGUUACCGCGUCAGCGCCGGCGCGCGCGACACCGCGGCCACGCAGAGCCGCCUGGGCGAGCAUCCGCGCCUCCUGGUCUGCCGCUACGACGCGCAAGACCCCGACAGCCAGCGCGCCUGGGUGGAGCGCACCGUCGCGACCUGGGGCGGCAUCGACGCGCUGGUCAACAACGCCGGCAUCGCCGAGCCCUUCGCCAUCGAGGACGAGGACGAGGCGGUGCUCGACCGCCUCUUCGCGGUCAACGUCAAGGCACCGCUGCGCCUCACCCGCCUCUGCCUGCCCCAUCUGCGCGCCAGCGGCCGCGGCCGGGUGAUCAACGUCUCCUCGCUCUCCGGCAAGCGGGUGAAGAACGACAACGUCGGCUACGCCAUGAGCAAGUUCGCACUGAUGGCGCUGACUCACGGCACCCGCCGGUUGGGCUGGGACGACGGGCUGCGCGCCACCGCGCUCUGCCCCAGCUUCGUGCGCACCGACCUGACGGCCGAGGUCACCAAGAUCGACCGCGAGGCGAUGAUCGACCCGGAAGACCUGGGCCGCAGCGUCGCCUACCUGCUCGCCCUGCCGAACAGCGCGAGCGUCGCCGAGCUGCUGGUCAACUGCCGCCUGGAGGGGCCGCGUCUGCGCUUCCGGCUCGACGGGCGCGCGGUAGAGGGCGCGGCCGGCGACAGCCUGCUGACCGCCAUUCUGCUCAACGGCCGGGUGCUGCGCCGGGCCGAGUUCGGCGGCGGCCAUCGCGCCGGCUUCUGCCUGAUGGGCGCCUGCCAGGACUGCUACGUGCAGCUCGACGACGGCCGCCGACUGCGCGCCUGCCAGACACCGCUGGAAGCCGGCAUGAGCGUGCGCACCACCGCCGGGACACACGCGCCGCGUAUCGUCAUCGUCGGCGCCGGGCCGGCCGGCGUGCGCGCCGCCGAACGCCUGGUCGCCGCCGGCCUCCGCCCCAGCGUGAUCGACGAGGGCCAGGCCGCCGGCGGCCAGAUCUACAAGCAGCCCGCCCCCCACCACGCCGCCGACGGCGCGACGCUCUACGGCAGCGAGGCGGGCAAGGCGGCGGCCUUGCACGCCCGCUUCGCCGCGCUGCGCGGUCGGAUCGACUACCGCGCGAAGACCCUGGUGUGGGACGCCGUGCCCGGCCGGCUGCACCUGCAGGACCUGGCGGCCGGCGGCACCGGCGCGCUGGACUGGAGCCACCUGAUCCUCGCCACCGGCGCCAUGGACCGGGUGAUGCCGCUGCCCGGCUGGACCCUGCCGGGCGUGUUCACCCUGGGCGGCGCCCAGAGCCUGCUGAAGACCCAGGGCUGCCUGAUCGGCCGGCGCACCGGCUUCGUCGGCACCGGCCCGCUGCUCUACUGGGUGGCGGUGCAAUAUGCCCGGGCCGGCGCGGACAUCGCCGCGGUGCUGGACACCACCGGCUUCGGCCGGCAGCUCGCCAAAGGCGUCGGCCUGCUCGGCGCGCCGGAUUUCCUGCGCCGCGGCCUCGCCUUCGUGAGCGAGCUGAAGCGCCGCGGCGUGCCGGUCUACCGCGGGAUCACGGCGCCCGAGGUUCUCGGCGAGCGGGAGGUCGCGGGCCUGUCCUUCCGCCACGGCGGCCAGCGCCUGGAGCUGGCCUGCGACGCCGUCGCGCUGGGCCACGGCCUGCGCUCCGAGAUCGCGCUGGCCGACCUGCUGGACCUGCCCUUCGCCUACCGCCGCGACCAGCAGCAGUGGACGCCCCGGCGCGACGCGGCCGGGCGCACCCCCAUGCCCGGC